UCAGAAGCCAGAUCGGGGUACAGACUCCAUUAGUUCGCACAUUAGGAUAAGUUAGUCGAAUUAUUUAAUUAAAUAAAGUAAUUCAAUAAGGUAGUGAAUUAAUAACAAUUUAUUUGCGCCGCCGUCCGAUCGUGAUCUUUGUCCAGUUUUGAAUUGAUUUUAAAUUAUUGUGACUGUUUUCAACCUGUAAUAAUUUAUAAAUUUUAUUUUCUAAACGGACGAUUUUAGUGUAGAUUUAUCUGAGUAGCAGUUUUUGUUAUGGAACAGAGUAAAGACACUUCCACAAGGCAAGACCCAAAAACCUUCGAAGCGAAAUCGAGUCACUACAAUAUUCCCCAGAAUUACCAGGACAACAACCUGUACCAGAUGAUCAAAUGCCACGAAGACAGCCUUCUAAGGCUCCAUCACCUCACAGCUGGUCGACAAGGCUACGACCCAGCCUACCAGAAUGACUUGACCUGGUAUUCCAAAGACCUACAACGGCAAUACAGACCAGACUUGCUGGCCUAUGAAGACAUGAGACGGAAGAUAGACGAGGCCAAGGGAAAAGAAGUACAGAAAGAGUCGGAAGAAGAAAGGGAGACGAAAGGAGAUGACAGAAAGAAACCAAGAAGGAAUAGGACGACGUUUACGAGCCAGCAGUUGGCUGCGCUGGAGAAGGUGUUUGAGAAGACGCACUAUCCUGACGCGUUCGUGAGGGAAGACCUGGCGUCCAGGGUCAACUUGACUGAGGCCAGAGUGCAGGUAUGGUUUCAAAACAGACGCGCCAAGUUUCGAAGAAACGAACGCUCAGCUCUAUCAAGUCGUAGUUCCACUAGUCAUAGUACUCCUGAGCCUGUCCCUGUGCCCAUCGGGAUCCCGCACCAGACAGACCCUCGGCAAGAUUUCAGAAACCCUAAGGAACCUUGGCUGCAUCACUUCCCUACCAAUAAUUUGAACUUCAACCUAGGUUUGCCUAUUGCGAACCCAGGUUUAUAUCAAAAUGAUUAUUCCUUGAUGAUGCAGAAUGCAAAUAGACAGUACGUACAGAAUUCCAACACUUUGAUGGGACAGAGUAUGGCGGGCUAUGGGAGUACUGGGGAUAACGCGUACGGAUCGUGCGCAAUCAUCAGCGGCUACAGUGGAUCGCUUCAACCGGCUCAUCACAGCUCUUAUAAUCUUAAUCUGAGACUGAGACCACAUGAUUUCAGCAUUAAUAACAUUACUCUAUGAUUAUAACAUUAUAUUUAAAUAUUUUAAAUUAUAUUAUUCAAUAUGAAAUAUGUUUCAUUUAUUUCGUUAUUCAAAAUUAACGUUUCAUAAGAAAAAGGACUGCGCCAUACUUGGCUGUAUAUCUAAAACUCUUU